AUGAUGGCAAAUAGUGGUGAGGGAUCCUCCGAAUCUAAAUCCCAGACGUCACUCGAUGGCUCUGCCAAGCCUGUGCAAGCCAGUCCCAUAGGUGGGCCAGGCGUCUGGAACAGCUCAGGCACAUCGACGCCAAAUACGGACGACCCUUCACAGUCUGACGAUGGGUCGCCGACAGACCUUGAAGAACUACGUCGAGAGUCAACCGGUCCUGCGUACAGCACUUUCAGCACUCUGAACAAAAAAUGGAUCAUUGGCAUGGUCUCCAUCUCCAGCUUCAUCUCUCCGAUGACGGCAAAUAUCUACUUUCCAUCCAUCACCCCUAUAGCUAACGAGCUGGGGGUUUCCAUUGGGCUGAUGAACCUUACCAUCACGACCUACAUGAUCAUGCAGGGGCUCUCACCCACCAUCAUCGGAGACCUAGGCGAUAUGACCGGCAGAAGGCCAGCCUUUAUCAUCGCCUUCACCAUUUACGUAUUUGCCAACAUCGGUCUCGCUCUUCAAAGCAACUAUGCUGCCCUCUUGGUGCUUCGAUGCGUCCAAGGUGCUGGUAGCAGCGGGACCUUGGCACUGGGCUUCGCGGUCGUCGCCGACUUGGCUGUGAGCGCCGAGAGGGGCAAAUAUAUGGGCUUUGUGGGUGCUGGUAUUCAAGUCGGACCGGCCCUGGGCCCUGUAAUAGGGGGAGCCUUGAGCGAGUACCUUGGAUGGCGAUCCAUCUUUUGGUUCUGUGCCAUCCUCACCAUCGUCUGGUUGAUCCCAUUUAUCCUAGCGGUACCUGAGACGUGCCGCAAGGUGGUUGGCAAUGGUUCCAUCCCUCCUCAGCGCUGGAACAGGACUGUGGUCGACUAUAUCCAGGCGCGGCGACACCCGACGGAUCGCCCAGAGACCCCCAAGAGGAAGUUCUACUUCCCAAACCCGUUCAAGACGCUCGCGGUUGUCUUUGAGAAGGACCUCGGGCUCCUCUUGAUGCUCAACGCGUGCGUUUACCUCAUGUUCAUGUUGAUCCUAGCCACCAUGUCGCCGCAGCUACACAACAUAUACAAUCUGAACGAUUUUCAGGUUGGUCUCUGCUAUCUCCCUUAUGGAGUGGGCUGCUUCUUUUCGGCCAUCGUCCAAGGAUAUAUUCUCGACUGGAACUACAGGCGAAUCGCCCACAAGGUUGGAAUGAAAAUCGACAUGAAGCGUGGCGAUGACCUCACAAAGUUCCCCAUCGAAAAGGCCAGGAUCCAGCUCAUCGCGCCGGUGCUAGGGCUAGGGAUCAUGUCCACUAUCUGCUACAGCUGGAUUAUGCAGACCGAACAGGCCCUCGGCUUGGUGUUAUUCUUCGGCUUCCUUAUCGGCGUCACCGUCAAUGGAUCCUUCUCCAUGAUGAACACGCUCAUCGUGGACCUUUACACAGAUGCCCCCGCGACAGCUGUGGCGGCCAACAACCUGUUCCGCUGCUCUUUGGGCGCCAUCUGCAUGUCCUUUAUCGAGAACAUGGUUGAAGCGAUGGGCAGGGGCUGGUGCUACACCUUUUGGGCGCUACUAACGGCCUCUCUGAUGCCGAUUCUUUGGCUCCUUGUGCAGCGGGGCCCUCGAUGGAGAGAAGAGCGUCGCUUGCGAAAGGAGAAACUGAAGCAAAAAGAGUUGGCGCAACAGGAUGCGGAAAAGAGUGGGCAAUGA